AUGGAAUGGUACCUUUGUGCCCAAAUGGAUUCCGUCUCAUAACAACACCGCCGAUAUCUUGACUAAGGCACUCGCUCGUCCGCUUUUCUUGAAGCACGCCACUGGACUCGGAAGUACUGGUGUCUAAGUGAGGGUGUGUGUUGGAAGAAGUAAUAUUGGAAGCACCGUACCGGAGGAAGCAUUGUACCCACAGGGGUACGAUUAACGUUCCUUCUUUUCCUCACUUGCUACCGCUUAUCAUAUCUUGCACUACGACACCACAUGUCAUGCUACCGUACGGUACAAUUCUUUCCGUUAGCUUCUUCGUCCUUCUUGAGCAGUACUUAUACGCCGCCGACAUCUCGCAUCUGUCGCACAUCAUGCCUCCCAUUUCCAAACAACAACGAAGACUUUUGGAGCUAGCAGGAGAUGUCAAGCACACUUCCUUCUCUAAGGUGGAUUCAACAAUGCUCGCUUCAAAAGCCGAAGCACUUGGACUUACCGGUAUACCAGGGUGUCUUCCGAUUGAGACUACCCGAUUUCUGAUAAGUUUAGUGCGCGGCUGCGUCGCGACGGUGACGGAAGCUGGAUGUCGCAUCUUGAUCAACACACUCUUGUUGAGAGUUGUAUCUGUCAUGUGUCCGGAUACCGCGACGGUGAACAUAAUUCCAGAAUUCCCUAUCCCUAGCACGAUCUUCAACCAAGGGUCUGCCAGACGUUCGUUCAGUGGCAUUGUCGACUUCCUGGUGACUAAACUCCCCACUCCGUACACCGGAUUCCUCCUGACCAAUCCGACCAAAACACUGGUGGAUCUCGGAAACACCCAGGAACCAACAUCGCCCAACAUCUUCGAAGCCAAACGCGAUAGAGUUCGGGAGGGUCUACCUCAAGCUACAAUUGCUGCGGCUUCGUAUUGCCAAUUGCGGGGCUUACAUGUCAUCAGGGGUGUUGUCACCAAUGGAGAACAGUGGAUUUUCUUCGUGUACAGAAGGCACACAAAUGAUACUGAUGCUGCAUCGUGUCAAAACAACUCAAACCAUUCUCGCACAACAACGCACGAGUCUCAGGGCUGAGCAAUGCGACGGGGGCUCCACUUAUGACUCUUUUGAGUCUUGACGCCUGACCUCCCUGAGCUUGGCGCGCGGAUGGGAAUCUGUUUCUUUGCUCUGGAUUCGCAAGUUUGAUAGGAACACCCAUAUGCGGCGCUCUGCUCACAUC